UGGGCUAUGCAGUGCUGUGUCGCCGUUUCCCUGGCCUAACCUGCACGCGCUUCUUUGUACUUUUAUUUGUUGGUUGUGGGAUAAACCCCGUUCUGCCUGUGUUGCUACUCUGCUUGCUGUGUGUGUGUGUGUGUGUGUGUGUGUGUGGUGUGUGUGUGUGUGUGUGUGCGCGCGCUCGCAUGGGUGUGUGUGCAUGCUGGUUUACAAUCCCAAUGCUGUGACCAGGAUUGCUGCUCUUCCCCAGCUUGGGAUAACCCUCAGUCUGUCUGUGUUGCUACCCUGCUUGCUGUGCAUGUGCAUGUUUGUGUGUAUGUGCGUGGGGGUGUAUGCCUGCCGGUCUACAAUCCCAAUGCUGUGACCAGGGUUGCUGUCCCAUUUGACCAUUGAUCCAUGCUGAGCUGGAGCACCAAACCUGCUGCUUAAAGGGGUGAUAGAAUGAUUAUAUAGGGUAUUUGGUGCUGGUCCUUAAGGUCUCUGAAUAGGGUGUGUAACAUUGGUUGGGCUGAAAAUGGCAUAUGUGCUGUUCUAUGCGCCCUAAUGCAAGCCUGGUUAAAAGCCCUAGAAUGAAACGAGAGGUUUUCUCCCUUUUAUGGUAUGCUCAUGAAUAUUUAGAUGAGCUGUGCGCUGAUUGGUUGGUUUACAACGAGCGAAGCUGCGGAGCAAACGCGUCAUGGCCACAAGCACUCACUCACUGAAACAUCGAAAUUGUUGAUAUGGACACAUUAGGUGUUGAACCAUAUAUGUAUGAGCCAGAAUCAGAGGAAGAAUCUGAUGUAGAGGAGCAACCAGUCGCCCAUAGAUUACAAAUGACUACUUCAGAAUGGUGUACGUGUGGAAACUGUGACCGCAUGCCCCAGGAGAGAGAAAAUAUAUGUUGCCGGGAAGUACCCCAGGUCAUGAGAAGAAUGACCCAGGUUCCGGAGGAGAUAACCUGUAUGAUUGACCAUCCUGGCCUUGAACCGGUGUGCCUCAACAUAUAUUCUUUACAAAAUGCAAUGAACAUCUACAGAGCUGACCAUGGGCAGUUGAGAAUAAGAGGGAUGGAAAGGCAAUGCAGACACUUGGCCUACAGAUCUUUCGUGAGCUGGUGCUGGGGUUUCCUUGGACGAAGUGUUGUGAUCCCCUCUUGUGUGGUGCUGCGCAUACGGAGGGAGUUUCCGGAAACAUCAGGGCAGUAUGUCGGGUUCAGACCCCCCCCUCGACUGAACCGUGACACAUACUCAGCGACAGCAUCCUCCCUGGAAGGUCUGGGAAGCUGAGCACACAAGUCUUGGGGCACAGGAAUCUGCUGGACGGCAUCCACAUAACGAAGGGAGUCAUGGACGAUCUCUUCGAACGCCAGUCUUAUCAGGUUAAAGACAUAGCCUGUUGUGUGUGAAUUAAUAAGUUAUUGUUAGUGUCUAUACCGUUGCACAUUUGUUGCACAAUCGUUUGUAUAAAAAAAUAUAUACAUUUUAAACU